CCCCGCCCCCCUUAGCUUAGCUCAAGGUCUGGAUUCACCACUGGUAGUUGCUGGUUGUUCGUUGGAGUCUGUCUCGGGCAACCUCCCCCUAGCCUCUACCCACCCCCAAUGAAAGUCAAGAUUUGGCCCCGGACCCACAACCCUAUAUAGAUAGUGUAAAGAGGAUUGAAGACUUCAAGUGCGUGCUGGGCUGCAGGCCAUUGACAACUUUUACAGAGACAUGUUGGGAAAAAGAACAGACUCUGAUGCAAAUUUACGGUUUUAUGUGCUACUGCUGUACUGCAAAGAAGGUCUGCUGAAGCUGGUUUUGCCUUUAGAAGGUUUCAAGAUUUGAGAAUGACGUCAUAUACACAUUGGUCGUCUCGUACCCAGACCUCACUCCCAAGGCAGCUGCUUUAAUUGCAGUCACCGCUUUCACAGAACGAAAAAUGUGGAGAAAAUUCUUAAAACCUGGCAACAAAGAGUUUGAAAGUGCACUUCUAAAGUUGGCAAGUGAAACAGGAGCUCCUAAAGAUGUAGCCGAGAAAGUUCUGCGGGAAUGCAAUGGCGAUUUCACGUUAGCAAAACAAAAGCUUCAAGGACAGAGCUCAAACAUGGCUUCCAAAGGAGCUGACGGGAAAGUUCCGUCCACGUCUUCUUCGUUGCCCUACACAGACUCUCCGCCACCUUAUUCGGAAGCGGUCGAAGGAGCUACGGCUUUACCAGCACCACUACCACCACCAUACGUUAGUCAAGAAAAAGAUUCUCUUUUGGGUGAAUUAAAAGCCGUUUUUCCUGAUCAUGCCGACGAAAGAUGUUGUACAUGUUUUGAUCCCAUUCGUCCUGAUAAAAGUGAAGGAUUUAGCGGUGAAAUGAUUUGGCAUGGACUGAAGGCAUACCAUUCAGAAUGCUACGUGAAAAGUAAGGGGCCAAAAUGUGAACAUUGUUGCUUUUCACUGAUUGCUUACCCUGAGAAAGGCUUGUCUGGCAAAUGGGGUAUUUACAACGGCUGCAAGUAUCAUGAAGAAUGUUACAUCCAGUAUGCAGGACCACGCUGUAGUGCUUGCUUUGAUGUGAUCUGUGUGGAUCCUGAAAAUGGUCUCUCUGGCAAGUGGAUCGAUGAUGGAAACAAACAAUUUCACGAAGAGUGUUACAAGAAGAAAAUGUUCGUUGAAAUGAGAGCUAAGCAUUCCUAGCUGUGUCAUUGGUACAGAGAAAUGUUCAUUUAUGUUCACUGUAGCAUGUGAGAGUUCAUAAACAUCCCUGGACUGUUUCGAUGUAAGUUUACAGCACAUAUUUGAGAACUGGGCAACAAUCCUAUACGUUCCAAUGUCAACAUAGAAACUCUCCAUACAGGACUUUAUAUGUAUGCAACAAGUACUGGUUGGUAGAAUUUGCAUGUAUUAUGUUUUAGUCAAUUUUGUUUCCUAACAUGUUACUGACAUAAUUUCAGAGGAUAGUAAGGUAAAAUAGAAUGUAUUCAUCAUUGUUGGUACAAGUCCUGACCAGGUCAGAGAUAAACCAGCAAGUGCAUGUUCAUAAAUUAAUAAUAAUUAUGUUUAUUUAAUAUGGUCAUGUAUAAUUUAUAUUGUGAUAAUAAUUUAUGUUUGUCAUUAUUGCAAACAUUGAUUUUGGAUUAAUCUGGAAUAUGGUAUCUUGUUAUUACUGUAGACCAUAAUGUCAGACUAUUAGAUUUUGACAACUUUUAAACUGUGUAAAAUUGGCCAAAGAUUUCAUUACCAUAAUGGUGUGAGUCAUUCGAAAUAUAUGGGAGAUGUUAUGAGGCAUUGUAAAAAGUGUUGGGUAUUUUGUUAGUGUACUUUUUUCCAACAAUACGUAGUAAACAGUAACUGUUGAUUGCGUUAUGCUAAGUAAUUGUAAUGUAUGAUGAUGUGAAAAGACUUUUUAUUAGAAAAAAACUGCUUCUUUUAAGCAAAGAUAACAACUCAGCUGAGCUGAGGCCAGUACUCAUUUAUUAGUGUUUUUAUUUGAAACAAAUAGCACCCAAAUUUUUUUCAAGAAAGAGUAUCAACAUCAGUCUAUUAGAGCAUACACAGGUCAGGUACAAUGUAAAAACCUUCAACACUUGUCUUCUUGAUGAAAUGUUUGCAUCUCAAAUGUGAGAUGUUUGGAUCCAAUUCAUCCAAAUAAUUGAUUUUAGUAAUGUAAAAUAAUGGAAACACUUAUACCUCAAGACUAUAGCUAGGUCCAAAUGCCAAAACUUUGGAUUUGAAAGCUUACUUUUCUAUUUCAGUGAGAAAAUAAUUAUAUUUCUUGCGCACCUAAUAAGAGUUGCAUACUAGGUAUAAAAUUUUAGAAUGGUGUAACCUCAGCUCGGGGUUUUUCCAGACUGAAGUCAUGAACUGGGUGGGUGUGCAACCCUUAUAAAGUUUUUUAUUUUGCACACAAAAUGUAUUCCAAAUGUGUGCUAAAUGGUUGUUAUGCUGAAGGCGGCUUAAGUACCUUUGGCUGCAAUAAAAGAAUAAAAGUAUUGAAAUGUGCA